GUAGUACCACAUCUGGCUGGCAAGCCUUGCAUGCCGACGCAGCAUCUUCGCCCUUAUCGUCUUCCUUCUCCCUCUUGCACUAAAUUCACAAUUCCCAACCCACAACAUCAUCAUUUUGCAGACAAUUCGUUGCAUAAGCCGCGAGAAGUCGAAGGGAUUGUUUUUUGUAUUAUUCUGUUUUCGACAGACAGAGAGGAUUCACAGGCAAGAUGGUGGACGCAGCGGCCUUGAUCAUCGGUGUCAUCCUGUUCGUGCUCCUCUCACCGGGGCUGCUGUUGCAGAUUCCUGGGGAUGAUCGCCCAAUCGAGUUCACCAACCAGCGGACAAGCAUAGCGUCCAUCGUGGUGCACGCCGUCGUCUUCACGCUGGUCUUCUACCUGUUGCAGCUCCUAUUCCACGUCCAUGGCGGAAUGUAGACCACCCUUGUUGCACAUCCCCAAGCAGGGAAGUGAAGGAACAGGAAAGCUACCGAGAUAUCUUCUGGAAUUUGGUGACUCGUGUGCUGUUAGUAAGUUGAUGACCUGUAGCUUUGUUCAGCCCACCAGUUUUUAGUGCUUGCGGAUAACGCUGAAGUGGCCAGUCCUGUUGUGUUGAUAUGUAUAUUUGAAUCAUACUAUUUGCAGGACGCUGAAAAAUACUAAGCCCUGCAGCAAUUAUCUUUUAUCUAUUGUUUA